CGUCUGUCGAGAGGGAUAUGCCCGAUUCCGAAAGACGUACCCUAACCUAACCACGGUUGGUUGCUUCCAUGGCCUCCCCGCAAUCCUCCUACGGCUCAUCCGAGGAAGGCACCUCCUCCGACGGUUCUGACCACCAAGAGGUGGACAAGCUGCCUUUAAACCAAGCUUUGGCGCACCACGACUCCUCCAACGGAGAAGAAUCAGAGGAGGAGGAGACGGGGGAUAAAGAAGAAUCGGAGGAGGAGAAUGUGCUGCCCGACGACAAUAACCUCCACCCGCCACCACUGCAAGGCGACACGGUCCCAGAUUCCGAAUCUGAGUCCGACAAGUCGCCGCGCAGGUCCCAGCCCAAGAGGAAGGCCGUGGAUUCCGAACCUGUCGAGCCCAAGAGGACGAGGAUGGCCGAGUCGCCGCAGCCGAGGAUGCAAUCUGAGGUCGCUGAAGUUGCUCAGAUUCAACCUGAGGUCGCUGAGCAUGCUCUGACUAAGAGCGAUGUGGAGAAGCUAUUCCAAGACAAGAUCGUUUCUUAUGAGCACCUUGGGCAAGAGGUGUUGGCCCUAGAGAAGAAAUAUCCUGGAUUUUUCAAGUCUCCCUUCGUGAAGCUUCCUGAAGAGAAGGCCAGGACACUCAAUGCCAAACUUCAGAACCACCACAUUGCAAAAAUAAAGGCAUCGAUACAGCUGGGUAAUAUCAGAAAGGAGGUGACAAACUCCCUCAUCAAUUUACUCGACUGAAGUCACGAUAUAUAUAGACCUGGAGCGAGCUGGAAAUGCGUUCAGUUUGUAGGUGUUAAAAGACAUUAUCAAGAAACAUAAGGAAGACAACGGAAGUGGGGCCUAUUAUAUUGAGCCACAAUUCGCUAGUUGGUUAUUUUGGUUUCAGUUCUGCUCAGUAUUUAUAUAUACUCUAUCUAUGUUACUACUGGCGUUAUCAAAUUUUGGUUCAGGUCGGACAUGUCUGAACGAUAGAUUUAAGUACCAAUCACUGUUUUAAAUAGCCCGCUAUAGCUCCGCUAUAGCACGCUAUAGCAUUUACAGAAGGUCUUGCGCUAAGAGACUUUGAUCCAAAAAAAUGAACAAAUAUUUUAAAUAGCUCGCUAUAGCUUCGCUAUAGCACGCUAUAGCAUUUAGAAAAGGUCCGCCGCUAAGAGGCUUAGCGCGC